AUGCUCAGCUCACACAUCCACCUAGCCAUUGAUUGUAGCAAGAUCAAGAUGCACUUCAUCAACCAGUUGGCUAAUUCCUCCAAAGCACCACCCACAACCCACAAUCCAUUGAACAAGAUAACACCACAGACCGAUUCAGCCCACCUGCGCCACGUAGCCAUGGGCGACUGCCUCAACCAAGCAGACAUACUGGAGCAGAAGUUAAAGCAUGACGCAACCCAAUUUGACCCAGAAAAGCACAUUGCUUUCAGCACGGCACCCGAGUUCCUCACGAUGAAGGAAAUUGGUUACGCGGACGAUGUCGGUAUCUCUCCUGUGGCAGUCACACACCCAUUUCCCCUCUUCACUCCCGAGGCCAUUCAAAUCAUGCGGUCGGAGAUCGCUAAGCCGGAGGUUUCGUCAGGGCACCACUAUGCAAGCAACAUUGCCAGUUCUCAGUUGCGAGGCUACGCGCGUGGGCAUGCUCCGUUCACUUAUGCCGCGUGGAACCAUCCUAGAACCAUCGGCCUUGUGUCCAAGCUCGCAGGCAUUGACUUGAUACCCUGGAGCGACUACGAGAUCGCGCACAUCAACCUCUCUGCCACCAAGACUGAAGAGCAAGCCCAGACCGAAUUGGAACACUAUUCACGCAAGUCCUCGAUACACUCAGACGAGGGGAUUGACGUCAGCUCUCCCGAAGACGACAAGCCCAUUGUAGGCUGGCACACCGACUCAUAUCCAUUUGUUUGUGUCUUGAUGAUGUCUGACUGCACCAACAUGGUUGGUGGCGAGACAGCUCUUCGCACCGCAGAUGGGCGUGUCAUUCGCGUUCGAGGCCCGACCGAGGGUUGCGCAGUGAUCCUCCAAGGUCGUUACAUUACUCAUCAGGCUGUCCGUGCUCUUGGUGCGAAGGAGCGUAUCACUGCGGUCACAUCCUGGCGCCCGAAAUCACCUUUCGUCAAGGAUGAUUCGGUAUUGCGUACCGUUCGACCCGUGUCCGACUUGAAGGAGCUAUACAUGGACUUCGCCGAGUACCGGCUCGAGAUCAUGGAGCAGCGCAUUCGACGCGAACGUGAGCAGCUGCGUGCUCGCCGUGAGGCUGGCGUCAAGUUUGGCACGCAAGGCCACAAGGCGUUCCUGCAAGAGUCGGCUGCCUUCUUGGCCCACACCGAUCACGAGCUUGUUGCAGAUGAAGAUGUUGAGAAGGGGUUUAUCGAGGAGAUGGAUGUGCCCAACGUUGCUGCCCAUGGGCCUGCGUGA